AUGCCCGGCGACGCCUCCUCGCCGACCUCCACGGCGGCCGCGGCGCUGGCGCAGGCCGAGGCCGACCUCUCCGCGGGCCGCCUCCGCGCCGCGCAGAGGCAGGCCCGCCGCGCCGCCCGCCUCGACCCGGGCUCCGCAGUCGCCUCCGUCCUCCUCGCCGCCACCUCCGUCCUCCUGGCCGACGCCGGCUCCCCCCGCGCCACCCUCCUCCUCCCCGAGGACCCCAAGUCCUCCCUCGCCAGCGACCCCGACGCCAUCCGGCGCCACUACAAGUCCCUCUCCAGAUCCCUCCGCCCCGGCGACGGCGCCUCCUCCUACCCCGCCGCCGCCGCCGCGGCGCAGGAGGCGCUCCGCCGCGCGGCCGACGCCUACGCCGCGCUCAAGGAGGAGCGGGAGGCGCCGCCCCCGCCGCCCACCUUCUGGACGGCCUGCGCCGGCUGCCGCCUCCUCCACGAGUUCGACCGGCAGUACGUGGGCUUCCGCCUCACAUGCCCCUCCUGCCGCCGGUCGUUCCUCGCCGCCGAGGUGCCCCCUCCUCCGCCGCCCAAGAAGCACAAGCCGGAGAAGACGCUCGCCGAGAUGCAGCUCCAGCUCGCCAAGAGGAAAGGGAAAGACCAGAGGGCCGCACAGAGCUCAUCCAGUGACGAUUCUGACGAGCAGUCGGAACUGGAGGUGCCCGAGGAGGAGCCGGAUAGCUAUCACUCGGGGCAGAUGGCUGUGGAGGACUCUGACUUCUACAACUUCGACGCCGACCGCAUGGAGAAAUGCUUCAAGAGAGGCCAGGUGUGGGCAUUGUAUGGGGACGACGAUGGCAUGCCGCGGCACUAUGCGCUGGUGGAGACGGCAUUGCCGGGCAGGCAGUUCCGUGCCCAGAUACGGUGGCUGGAGCACCAGCCUGAUGGGAAGGAGGGCAAGCCAUGUGGGGCGUUCAAGGUUGGGAGAGAAGUCACGGUGCACUCGGUGAACGUCUUCUCGCAUCUUGUCGCCUGCGAGAAGGUGGCGAGGGAGGCGUAUCGUGUUUACCCCAAAAAGGGUUCGGUCUGGGCGCUCUAUGCCGGAGAGUACAUCGACACCGGGAGGCCCAAGUAUGACUUUGUGGUGUUCCUCAGUGGGUACAGUGAAGUGCACGGCAUCAGCUUCGGCUACCUGGAGAAGGUGGAGGGUUUCAGGAGCAUCUUCACCCGCCGCGAGAUUGGUGUCCGUGCCGUUCAGUACCUCCGGGAGGGCGAUGUUGGGUUGCUUUCGCAUCAGACACCGGCGAGGAAAGUCUCCAAGGGUGAAGCCUCGACACUGCCUCCUGGUGAUUGCUGGGAGCUUGACCCUGCAUCCUUGCCUGCUGAAUUGCUGCACGCCUGA